ACGCUUUCAUCUGUCAUUAGUGUCAAAGUCUGUUCGGCUUCGGUGCAGGUUUCGCAAACACUAGUUGUUGUGGUCUUAGAGUCUUCAUAGAAACUUGCCUUCGUCUAGAAAAACAACAACUUAGAGGAAGUGUACAGUAACCAGAAGCAUGCCUCCUCACUCAGCACGCACGAAUCGAAGCAAGAGAUACGGAGAUGAUGUCGACAGUGACAGAGAGGAAACUGAAACACAUCGUUCACGUGUCCAAUCGAGCCCAAAACGACGUAGAGGCAACCUUCCUAAAGACUCUGUCAAUGUUUUACGUUUAUGGCUGUGGGAGCACAGAUUUAAUGCAUAUCCUUCGGAAGCAGAAAAGCAAUAUCUCUCAAAGGCGGCUAACCUAUCAGUGCUUCAAGUCUGUAAUUGGUUUAUCAAUGCAAGAAGACGGAUACUGCCCGACAUGAUACGGCGAGAGGGCCGAGACCCAAGCAACUAUACUAUCACUAGAAGGGCUAAUAUGAAAGGCCACGGCUCUGCGUUUCAAAGAAGUGUAUCUGAAAUAUCAAAGGAUUACGARAAGUCCUAUUCUGAUGAAGAAAGAGAGUCUUUAAUAUCGAGUCCAAUUUGUGACUUUGAAACACGUAACUUAGACUAUUAUGAGAUUGAUAGAUCGGACUCGUAUCAGUUUUCCAAGGACAGUCUAGAGGCACAACCCUCGCCACCCUCCUCCACAGGAGAGGACGAAGACAUUGAACAAGCCGCUUUCGAUGCUUUUAGCAGCAUAAACUUGCUAGUGGAAGUUGCUCUGAACACUGAAGCUUUUCGCGAAGAGCGUAAAAAAUGUCUUCAUUCUUUGUCAUGUUAACUUGCUAAUUUCGAAUUUGAUAAAACAUCAUCAGGGUAUCGUAUUGUUUUGGGGUUUCAUUGUAUAUUGUGAUGAAUUAUAAAUUGUCUUACUUAGAAAAAAUAUCAAACCAAUUCAACAAAGAA